GUAAAUGCCACCAUUAUUUUUCUUUCUUUCUUUUUUCAUAGUUGUUUUUCAUUCUCAAAUGUAUACCUCAACUCAGGCACGACGACUGCCGAGCGAACAUCGCAGCGAAGCCACCCGCGCGAACAGCACACUACGAUCAGUCUCGCCAUCGCCAUCAGAUAGGACUUUAGCAGACAGAAGUCAAUCAUACUAUCAUCCACCAGCAUCAUCAGACAACAAGACAAAUACCAAGUCACCGAAGUCUUUGUCUAGCAAGGUUAACGAUUAUUGGGUCUUAGAGAUAGCCUCAUGUUGUGGUAGCGCUGGUGCUUUGAUGGGAAUCAUUGUAUUCUUGAAUGCGUAUAAUGGCAAGCCUUCUCCAGACUGGCCAUACGGAAUGACAGUCAAUUCAAUACUGUCCUGGCUUGUGCAAAUAUUUACCGCACUUCUGUUGGAACCUAUCGCUGCCUGCCUCAGCCAAGCUCGCUGGAAUAACUUGAGCAGUGCUGGCUGUCAUCUUUCAGAUAUCAGUUUAUAUGAUUUUGCCAGUAGAGGUGCCUUUGGCUGCAUAUCACUGAUCUGGCAUUCCAAAUUUAGGACUUCGGCUUGCAUGGGCGCGCUUGUUACUAUACUGGCAAUAGGUACAGGUCCUUUUGUUCAGCAGAUGGUGGCCGUCGAAAAUCGCCUUGCUCUGAGUGAUGAGCCUGCCACUGUACCCCGUUCCCUAGGAAUCAUUGAGUACCUUGGUAGAUCUCCGAGCCUUCCACAAGAGAUUCUUGCCGCAUUAUAUGGUGCCAUUCUUGGAGGCGCGACAAAUAGCAACGGUAACCUGACUCAUUUAUUGAUUGCUCCUGAUUGCCCGACCGGAGAAUGCGAGAUUACUCCUUUCAGGUCUUUGGCUGCUUGUUCGACCUGCACUGAUUUAACGGACUCAAUCAGCACAAGCUGUAUGGACGACUGGUGCCAAGCCAACCGCACUUUCUGCCAGCAUUCGCUCCCUGAUGGCUUGACGCUCAACGUGAGUGAAUACAAUGGCCGCUAUGGGAACGUGGCAAGCAAAAUGUCCUCGCGUAUAGGGUACUACAACGCGUCUAUAAUUGCGAAUUUCACCUCAAUUUCUGUUGGCCCGGGAACCGACUUAACAAAGGCGACCGCCCAACAUUGUCUUGUAUACUGGUGUGUCAAAACGUAUACAGUGGGCAUGCGUAACAACAAGCCAUGGGAGAAAGUGGUCGAUACCUGGGAUGACCUUGCGAUUCCCAUGUCAUUUGGACAAAAUUUUACGUUUCAUGUCCCUUCCCAAGGUAAUUUGACAAGCUCCAAAAUUUGGGUUGGCAUCCCCACUAUUAAGGCAUGGAUGUACUCAAAACUAAAUAUAAACCACUCUCUACAUUGUAAUACAAUUGAGACUCCAUACGACGAGUUUAGGUACCCCAUGAUUCGCUACGGUAUACCGAAAUUCUGUGAGAAGCUCGCCUUAGGAAUCACAACUGGGGUACGUCUCUAUAAUAACACCCCUGCAAGUGGCACAGCAUGGAAGAUGGAAACCCAAAUACAUGUCCGAUGGGCAUGGGUUACUCUCCCAGCUUUGUUGGUCGUUUCAACAGCAGUAUUUCUUGGCAUGACUGCACUUCGGACAAAAAGUGGUGGGUUUGAUGUCUGGAAGUCGUCGCCUACGCCUCUGGUUUGUGCCACACUGGACCAACGGGCCCAGGAAUUGGUAUAUUCAGCAGGAGAUCCUACGGGAAUGGAGCAUUCCACUGGCCGGAUAAGGGUGAAACUUCACAAGGAAGGGCUUUAUGGUGGUGGCAGGUGGCAACUAGGAAUGAUAUGAUUACUACAUGUGUAUCAUAGUCUACUCAUCGUUCCCUUGUCUUGUUCAAUUGAGAUGCGCGAUGUUACCAUGGUCUGCGUGUGAUGUAAUUUGCAGCGGCAUAAGUAGGCAACGAACGUUCCCCAUACGUAGUAAUAAACAUCCAUCCUAAAGUUCGAUGCUUAGAAUCAUCACGCUGUCUGUAGGAUGACGUGGUUCUUCUGAAGCUUGGUUGGCUUCCUUGCUUUCAAGACUAAUCAUCAAGCAAUCUAAUGAAGUCUGCCAUAUAUUCCCCACUGUACAUCAUGAUCAUGCAAGUGACUGUAUAAUGUAGAAUAGCUUUUUUUUUCUCUGUCUAGUCGAAUCUUGACUUGGUGAUUUGAUAGCCAUUGGGUUUGGUUGGACGAUCUACAAGCGUAGUAAAUCGUCGUCAAGUGUAUUCUAUACUAGAUAGUAUGCAACGUUAUUAC